CGAGCAUCAAUUCAAUUGACCAAAAGUUCAAGCACAGUUAUUAAAAUUCUCGUGUUCACAUGCACUCAACUAUGGAAGUUGUGAAAAAGUGCGGAUUGGCAUGCAUUACAAUCACGGAAUACGAGUUCAUUUGGAUUAUCGAGAACGUGAAAAAUCAUCGCCUCGAAGUUGGACAGUACCUCGAGUCGCCGAAAUUCAAAACUGGGGAAAACGGUGAGUUCGAGUGGACGAUGGAUUUAUAUUUGGCAGGCUAUGAUAUGAAAAACAAGGACCACGUGGGUAUUCGUAUUUAUCUAUACGAUAAAAUAACGAAAUUUUUUAAACAUGUCAACCUUGAGAUUGCGCUUAUCGAUAAGAAGGGUAAGAAAAAUACGACGAUCAACGCUCUGUUAGAUAAAGACAAGUUAAACGAGGAAAUAAGUAUAUUUAAGAAUUUUAUAUUGAAGAGCUACUUAUUCGGCGUGUCAAAUCUACUUAUUAACGAUCAAUUAAAAAUAGUCUGUCGAAUAUCCACCGAUGACGUGGUCGAUCAAAUCUUCUCGAACAAACAGGUGAUCGAUACCUCGCUGUCCAUCCUUCAGUGUCGUAAUGCGCAAAUGGAUAAUUUCAAGAAUCUGCUGAAUAACGACAAGUUCAGCGAUUUUGUGUUGAAAGUAAAGGGCACAGAGUUCCCGGUGCACAAGGCUAUUCUGGCGGCGCACAGCCGAGUGUUCGCGGUGAUGUUUGACAGCGACAUGCGCGAAAAGAGUGACAACUUUGCGCUCAUCGAGGACGUGGAAGUUGAGGUUAUGCACAAGCUUUUGCAUUUCAUCUACGUCGGCCAGGUAGAUAAUCUCGAAGAGCUCGCUGACACAGUUUUAAUGGCAGCCGAUAAGUAUGAGCUCGAUGGUCUCAAGCAGCAGUGCGAGGAACAGUUGGUCAAGCAGCUGCACAUCGACAAUGUUUACGAGUGCCUUCGGUUGGCAGACGAUUACGGAGCACACAAACUCAAAGACGCGGCGAUCCAAUUUCUCUUUGGCAAUGCGCAAGAGCUCGCCGAUGCAGAACAUUUCAAACAGCUUAUUAGAUCGCUUUCAGCCGAUUUACUCGCCGACAUACUUUGUGUUUUUAUGACCAAACCCUCAUAGAUGUUUAUUUUAUUAUCAAUUCUUUGUCAUUAUAUCAAUCAUAGUUGCUUU